CUGUCUCUGUUCUCUCUCUCUCUAGAAAGAAUUACUGUAAAUAAAUAAAUAAAAAAGUAUGCAUAAUCGGAAUUCAGUAUAAUAUAAAGGUAAUGUAUUCGUAAAGAAGUGGGAGAUCGCUACUGCUAUUAUAUAUUCUUUCCUACUCGCUUUCUUUCUUUCAAGGAACUACAAUCUAUUACACCCCUUUAAAUCUCUGUCUCUCUCUCGCUCUCGCUGUUCAAAAUGAGCGAAUGACCUUUCUGCCUUCUUCUUUUAGAUCUGCAGCUUUAAGGUAUAAACUUUCAAGUAAGAGUCAAGAUUAAUAAGAAUGGCGUUAGGAAAAUACUCUAGAGUUGAUGGCAAAAAAUCAUCAUCGAGUUAUUGCUCGACGGUGACUUUGGUUGUAUUUGUUGCCCUUUGCUUAGUUGGGGUAUGGAUGAUGACAUCAUCUUCCGUAGUCCCUGUUCAGAAUGCUGACGUGUCUUCUCAGGAGAACAAGAAUGAGGUGAAGACAGAACUGAGUGAGAAAAAUGAAAAUAAUGCCAGUGCUGAGAGUAAUACUAACAACGAGAGCAACACCAAGCAGUUUGAGGAUAACCCGGGUGAUUUACCUGAGGAUGCAACAAAAGGGGACAGUAAUGUGAAUUUAACUACUCAAGAAGAAAAAAAUUCUAAUUCUCAGGAGAACUCAGAUGUUCCAGAGAAAACCACUGAAAAAAUAACAGAGGAGGUUCAAGAUGAGAAAUCCAAAGAGAAGCCUGAAAAGCAGAAUGAAGAAGAGAAUAAAUCAGAAGAUGCAUCAGAAAAUGAGACGAAAAAUUUAGAAGGAAAAAAAGAAAAUGGAGGAUCAAAUCCUGAGGAGAAGGAUUCUGAAGCUGGCGGUGAAAGUAAUUCUGGUAAACAAGGAGAUUCUGAGGAGGGCCUAAUCGGGGAUAAAUCAAAUUCGGAUGAAGGUUCAGAGAAAUCAGAUGAAAGAAAAGAUGUUUUUAAAGGAAAUGGUCAGAUAGAGGAGAAUGUGGAGCAAAAGGAAGAUAAGGAGUCAGAUUCAAAUUUCAGUGAGAAAAAGGACGGUGAAAAGACCAAAGAUCAGGCUUCAACUGAGGUGUUUCCUUCUGGGGCUCAAUCAGAGCUUCUGAAUGAAACUACCACUCAAAAUGGGGCAUUUUCAACUCAGGCAGCAGAGUCACAAAAGGAAAAGGGUGCACAAACAUCCUCAGAACCUGAACAACAAACUGGGUACAGAUGGAAACUUUGCAAUGUUACUGCUGGUCCAGAUUAUAUUCCAUGCCUUGAUAAUCUGCAAGCAAUUAGGAAGCUUCGAACUACAAAGCAUUAUGAACAUAGGGAGAGGCACUGUCCAGAAGAUCCCCCGACUUGCCUCGUUCCUCUUCCUGAAGGAUAUCAACACCCAAUUGAGUGGCCUACGAGCAGGGAAAAGAUUUGGUACCACAAUGUUCCACAUACCAAGCUUGCAGAAAUUAAAGGACAUCAAAAUUGGGUUAAAGUUACCGGUGAAUUUCUUACCUUCCCCGGUGGUGGAACCCAGUUUCAGCAUGGUGCUCUUCAUUACAUUGAUUUCAUACAGCAGUCUGUGCCUGAUAUUGCCUGGGGAAAACACACACGUGUGAUACUGGAUGUUGGAUGUGGGGUGGCUAGCUUUGGAGGCUAUCUCUUUGAAAGAGAUGUCUUAACCAUGUCUUUUGCUCCAAAAGAUGAACAUGAAGCUCAGGUUCAAUUUGCACUUGAAAGGGGAAUCCCCGCUAUAUCUGCUGUGAUGGGCACAAAGAGGCUUCCUUUCCCAGGGAGAGUCUUUGAUAUAGUCCACUGUGCACGGUGUAGGGUUCCGUGGCAUAUUGAAGGUGGUAAACUUCUCUUGGAGCUGAAUCGUCUGUUACGACCUGGUGGUUUUUUUGUGUGGUCUGCUACUCCCAUCUACCGGAAACUACCUGAAGAUGUUGAAAUUUGGGAAGCUAUGAAGCAACUAACGAAGUCAAUGUGCUGGGAAGUGGUAUCAAUAAAUAAGGAUAGGCUGAACAAAGUGGGUGUGGCUGUAUAUCAGAAGCCUAAUUCUAAUGAGUGCUAUGAGAAAAGAUCACAGAAUGAGCCUCCACUCUGCCAACACUCUGAUGAUCCAAAUGCAGCCUGGAAUGUGCCAUUGCAAUCUUGCAUGCACAAAGUACCUGUAGAAUCAUCAGAACGCGGGUCACAGUGGCCUGAACAAUGGCCUGCAAGAUUGGAGAAACCACCUUACUGGUUGCUAAGUUCCGAGGUUGGUGUUUAUGGGAAACCAGCCCCUGAGGAUUUCACCGAAGAUUAUGCACACUGGAAACGUGUGGUGAGCAAGUCAUAUAUAAGUGGAAUGGGAAUAAACUGGUCUACUGUGAGAAACGCUAUGGAUAUGAGAUCUAUCUAUGGAGGAUUUGCUGCUGCUCUAAGAGACUUGAACAUAUGGGUCAUGAAUGUGGUCUCAGUUGACUCUCCCGAUACACUACCAUUAAUUUAUGAACGAGGUCUAUUUGGAAUGUAUCACGAUUGGUGCGAGUCAUUUAGCACUUACCCUAGAUCUUAUGAUCUUCUACACGCAGAUCAUCUUUUCUCCAAGAUUAAAAAUAAGUGUAAUCUAACGGCUUUGGUUGCGGAGGUUGAUCGCAUUUUAAGACCAGAGGGAAAGCUUAUUGUCCGUGACAAAGUUGAGACUGUUAAUGAAGUGGAGAACAUGCUGAGGUCUAUGCAAUGGGAGAUCCGCUUGACUUACUCUAGGGACAAGGAAGGAUUGCUGUGUGUGCAGAAGACCAUGUGGCGCCCCAAAGAGGUAGAGACAGUCACCUACGCCAUUGCUUAAACAUGCUAUUUGGGUCACUAUGCCUUGGAUAAUAGAGGCCUCCAUGCCAUGGAGAAUAGGUAUAUGUUUUUAGUAUCUAAUUUCAGAUCAUAAUAACUGUAUUUUUCCUCGGCUUAUGUGUCUAUGUCUUAGCCCAUUAGUGCUUCAUCUUCUUCGAUUUUUUGUUUUUUGAAUUCUUCAUUUAGAGGUGGUGUCCGGGUAUCUACUUGUAAUGUUGUAUAAUUAGUUAUUGAUGGAAGGUGAACUCAUUCUUGAAAUCCGAUAAACUCACUCUCAAGUAUAUAAUUCUACACGGUGAAUUUUGUC